CGUACGUUAGGUAGCCGGUUGCUUAAGACACGUUUGUUACAAACAAUUUAACUGUUUACAACGUUUCAUAAUGAACGAUGGCGAACAAGUAUCUGCAUUCUCUGUAUAUUCGCAAAAAAGAAAAUGUUCAGUUGACCGAAGUAAAGCCAAAAAGGUUAAGUCGAACACACAGAACUCCAAAAGGGAUUGCGCCACUGUGAAGGACAAUAAUAAGAAAAGGGUAAAAUUUCUAACGAAAUCUAAACCGCCUAAAAGUAAAAGUUUCUCACCGGCAAAUGAAACUCUUUCAUCAAGCUUUGUAUACAUUGACAAAGAAUGUAUCCCUCCAUCGUCACAGAAGGCUGACAAGCCUAUUGGGAAAAUUAAAAAUAAAUUUAAUUUAAAGAGUAAUUUGUUAAAGUUAACAAAUAAGAAAUCAAAGAAGAAUUUGCAGAAUUCACGAGCAGUCGUUUUGUAUAAACCGAAAGGACAGAAUAAAAUAUCGAAAAAAAUAGGUGGAAUGCAUGACUUUAUAAUGAAAAGAGGUGAAAAAAAAUAUAAAAUAAAACAUAUAGAACAAAAGGAAGAUAUUAGCAUUGUGAAUGCCAAAAAGCCAAAUAAAGAAGCAGAUCCGAUUAUCGAUUCGGUCGAACAAGGCAAAAAAUUGUUCCAAUGGUUGAUACAUCCAUUGGAUGUUUCUGACUUCUUUAAGAAUAAUUGGGAAUCGGCGCCUUUACAUAUAAAAAGAAAUGCUCCAAAGUAUUAUGGAAAUAUUAUGUCCACGCAGUUGCUUGACAAAAUUUUAAGGGAUGAGCAUAUAUUGUUCACAAAAAAUUUAGACAUCACUUCCUAUUCAAACGGCAUUAGGGAAACCCACAAUCCUCCUGGUCGUGCAUUUGCUAGCAUAGUUUGGGAUUACUACUUAAAUGAUUGCUCAGUCAGGAUGUUGAAUCCUCAGACAUUUAUACCAAAAUUACAUAUGCUAAAUGCUACUCUUCAGGAGUUUUUUGGUUGCUUUGUUGGAGCAAAUUCCUAUCUGACGCCUCCUGGAAGUCAGGGCUUUGCUCCUCAUUAUGACGAUAUUGAAGCAUUUAUUUUGCAGAUCGAAGGUAAAAAAAGGUGGAGGUUGUACAAACCGCCGAGUGCCUAUGAAUUUUUAGCAAGAGAUUCUUCAAAAAAUUUUGAUCAAUCGGAAAUCGGAGAACCCAUAUUAGAUACAAUUGUAAAUGCUGGUGAUUUGUUGUAUUUCCCACGUGGAACUAUUCACCAAGGUGAAACCGUCGAGGGUACUCACAGUCUUCACAUAACAUUAAGCGUUUACCAAAGAAAUAGCUGGGGCGAUUUUCUGGAGAAACUUAUUCCAGAAGCAUUGAAAUGUGCAAUUAACAGUAAUAUUGAGUAUCGCGAAGGUUUACCUUUAAAUUAUCUUCAGCACAUCGGUCUGGUGCAUACUGAGGAUCAAUCUGAGGAUAGAAAGAAAAUCAUUGAAAAGACUAAAGAAUUAUUAAAAAAUUUAAUCAAGCACAUCGAUAUCGACAAGGCUGCCGAUGAAAUGGCUAAACGCCAUAUUCAUGAUUUUUUACCACCGGUCCCUACGUCAGAAGAACUCGUCUGCUCGAUACAUGACGGUGGUGAGAUUAUGAGUAAUGGAAAAGUAGUUAAUCGUGUUGAAAUUGAACCCACUACGAAGAUUAGACUAUUGAGAGCACAUUGUAUAAGGUUGGUCAAAGAGGAGGAUGUCUUCAAAGUAUACUAUUCCUGCGAGAACUCGAAGGAGUAUCACGAGUUCGAGCCCCAGUUUCUGGAAGUUAGCAAAGAGUUAGCUCCUGCAGUGAAAAGAAUUAUUAAACAUUACCCAGAAUAUAUUACCGUAGAAGAUUUACCAAUUGAAGGGGAAGACAAUAAGAUUCAAGUGGCGAGGGAUCUGUGGGAAAGGGGCAUUGUUGUGACCGACUUACCCUUACCCGAAAUGGAAUGAAUAAAUAAACGUCCAAUAACGGAUACGACUAUCGACUGUUAAUCCUGCCGAAAUGGACGAGAAAUUAUGUGAAACUUUUAAUUUUACAACAGGUGCAGGCGACGUGUGUUUUUACUUUACUCGAGUACAAAUAAAUAUGAAAUCUGGAAAGCAAAAGUUGUUCCCAUGGCUCGUAAUAUAUGUAUGUACAAUUUUUAGUUCAGUCACUUGCAACAGUCGGCUA